CAGCCCACCGAAAUUCCCGUAGCUCAGGCUUGUCUCGUGUUGAAAGGAAACGAAGUGCUAAACCCUCUCCUCGUCUCUUCCUCACACGCCGCCGCCGCCGCCAUGGACGCCGGCGACCCCUCCACCUCACUCGCCGUCACCGCGGCCGAAUCAUCCCAGACCACCAAGAAGAAGGCUCCCAAGAGGUUCAUCCACACCCCGAUCCCGCCUUCCAUCCUCUCCGACCCGACCCUCGCCACCGCCGCAACCUCCCUCCUCCCGGCCGCCUACAACUUCGAGCUCCCCAAGACGGCCCACCGCAUCCGCUCCUCGGGCGCUCGCCGCGCCGCGCUGCAGCUCCCCGAGGGCCUCCUCCUCUUCUCCCUGCCCCUCUCCCACCUCCUCGGCCCGUUCCUCGCCGAGGACCCCUCCAACGACGUGCUCAUCCUCGCCGACCCCACCUACGGCGCCUGCUGCCUCGCUGACCGCCCGGCCAAGGCCCUCGAGGCCGACCUCCUCGUCCACUACGGCCACUCCUGCCUCGUCCCCGUCACCUCCUCGCUCCUCCCCGUGCUCUACGUCUUCGUCGAGAUCCGCGUCGACGCGCUCCGCCUCGCCGCCGCCGUCCGCACCGCCUUCCCGGACCCCGCCGCCGCGCCCCGCCUCGCGCUCGCCGGCACCGUGCAGUUCAUCUCCGCUGUGCACGCCGCGCGCGAGAUGCUCACGCGGGACGGGUACCGUGACAUCCUUGUGCCGCAGGCGAAGCCGCUCUCUGCCGGCGAGAUCCUCGGGUGCACAGCGCCUACGCUGAAGAAGUCGGAGGGAGUCGGCGCGGUGGUGUUCGUCGCGGACGGCAGGUUCCACCUCGAGGCGUUCAUGAUAGCCAACCCUGGUGUGAAGGCCUAUCGGUUUGAUCCGUUUCUUGGCGUGCUUGUGCUGGAGGAGUAUGACCAUGUUGGGAUGAAGCAGGCAAGGAAGGAGGCGGUGUUGGCGGCAAGGAAGGCCAAGAGCUGGGGAGUUGUACUUGGGACAUUGGGACGGCAGGGGAGCGUGAAGGUUCUUGACCGGGUGGUAGAGCAUCUGGAGGAGAAAGGGUUGGAACACACAGUAGUGCUCAUGUCGGAGCUUUCCCCGACCAGGAUGGAGCUCUUCGGGGAUUCUGUGGAUGCAUGGGUGCAGAUUGCGUGUCCUCGGUUGUCGAUCGAUUGGGGCGAAGGAUUCAAGAAGCCGGUGCUGACAACAUUUGAGUUUGAUGUUGCACUGGGGUAUGUUCCUGGGUGGUGGGAGAAGGGGACUAGGGAAUGUGGCGGUGGAACUGGUAGUGGGUGCUGUUCAGGAUCAGGAACUUGCGGCGAUUGUGAUUGCAGUAAUGGUGAUUGUGGUGGCAGUGAUUUUGGAGGGGAUUAUCCGAUGGAUUACUAUUCGCAGGACGGGGGUGAUUGGAAUGGCUGCUACAUGAAGAAGAAGCCGUCCACUGGCGAGAGGAAACCCCGAGUUCGAAUUGCAGGCAAUAGUGUUCAAGUUGAGCAGCAAUGAAAUGAAACAUCAAGUGAUGGAAGCCAAACGAGUUAUCAAGAACAGCUUCAUCGCAUCCAGAAUUUCUGACACCAGAGUUCAAUCUUAGCAAUGUGGUUCUUCACGGAAUGCAUUGGAACUGCCAACGGGCCUCCUUUAUGAACAGGUCAAUUUGGCAAUUGCUGUGAUACUGUAGCUGUACGCCGAGAUGUAUAUUUGCUUUCCCUGCUAUACUGUAAAACUAUGUAUUGUUUUACUGCGAUAAUCUUUCGUGAUUGGCGAAAUACUUCUAGUUUAUGCAAGUAAUGCAACACAGUUUCCAGUUUUGACUUAAA